UGUUUAAGGGAAAUAACACCCCCUCUCCGCCGUUAUUGGCACACACAUGCGCAGCAUUCACAAUAAGGCUGGGGGAAAAAAGAAGAAAUUUGCUCAAGAAACACAGACAGCCAACCCAGUUAGCCAAUCACACAUGUUAUACGAAAGAAAUGCUCGCAAAUGUUGGUUGUACUACUACUGAACUCAACGAACGCCUUUUGACUGCGGUGCACAAUUCCAACUAUGAGGAAACUUUGUCAUGCCUCAUGCAAGGUGCAAGUUGGUCUUUCUAUAUUUUUAAGAGCCACAUUCAUAUCCUAUUCCUGCGGACGGACGGCCAUUGGUUCGGCGGCCUUAAUGGGUGAUACGGAAAUAUUACAAUUACUGAUACAGUCGUGCGAGGAACCAGAUUUGAUUUUCCAGCCGGAUAAAUCCAAAUCGAAUGAAAACGAAAUAGAUACCACACCCGAGGGUAUGGACUGUUUGGAAUGGGAGGACGAAUUUAAUGCCAGCAACAAUUCUGAUAAUUCCACAGACGAGACUGUAAAGGAAUUUAUAGCCCUGUAUAAUUAUUAUGCCAAAACAUUCGAACGAACUGGGGAUAUAGUUAGCAAUUUGGAAAAGUAUAUCUGUGAUCGCAAUAACUCAAUGGCCACUACCAGCAGCAACGGCAACAGCAGCAGCAGUAGCAGCGGUUGCGCCAAUCAAGCCAAUGCCAUAUUGCUGGAACAGGACCCACACACAUUGGACCACAUGACCAUGGCACCAUUACAUUAUGCAGCGGUGGGUGGGGUGUGUGAAUGUGCUCGUAUACUUUUGGAGCAUGGCGCCAAGGUGGAUGUAACAACAGCUGUGGGUUAUACUCCAUUACACAUUGGAGCCGAUAACUGUGAUAUAACAAUGCUGUUGUUACAGUACGGAGCAAACCCAAAUGCUAAGACCUUUAACACGGGCGAAACACCAUUGCACGUUGCUCUUAAAUAUCGCAAUCCGAAUGUGGCCAAUUUACUGUUGCAGACCAACAAAGUCAAUUUAAACGAAAUCGAUGAGAAUGACAAGACCCCGCUCAUGUAUGCCAUAGCCUAUGAUCAAUUCGAGGUGGCCAUGGAGUUGAUAAGGAAGGGAGCCCGUGUCAAUUUACAGGAUAAAGAUGGCAACACGGCUCUCUUUCAGGUUGUGGAAAAGAAUAACAUUGCCCUGGCCGCCUGCCUGCUCGAACGUGGAGCUCGCCUCAUAACAUCACAUUAUUUGGUGCACCGCUGCAUUGCCUUUGAUAUGCCAGAAAUGUUGGGGUUGCUGUUGCAUUACGAUGAACAUUUGAAUAGCUUAAAGGUGCGCAAUACCGAUGGUUUUACACCCAUCAAAUUGGCGAUUAUGUAUAAAAAGUGCGAAAUGUUGGAAUAUAUGCUGAAGCUGGAUGCAUCAUCAUUGGAGACGGAAAUCGAUAAUGAUCUCAUUUUGGCCGUACAAUAUAUCGAUAAGCUGCAUGAUUUCAAAAUUAUAGCUCGCACACUGAUGGCAUAUGCCAAGGAUUUAUCCUGGAUGACAUCGUCGUCGUCGUCGUCGUCGUCGUCGUCAAUUAUGACCUCAACCUCCAGUACAAAUUGUUAUGUCCCGUUUUGCAAUACACCGCUGUCGCGUGCGGUGACAUUGAAUAAAUUGCACUUUGCCGAGUUUUUGUUGAAAGAGGGUGUGAGUAUUCAGCAGAUAUGUUACGAUCACGUUGUAAACUCGCUGAGAACAUUAAGGGCUCCCGGAGCCAAAGACUUUGCCAAGUUUUUGGUUUUGAAUGGUUUUAAAUUUCCAUAUCGCAAAUUGACAAAAAUACCCAACAAUUGGUCAUUGGAGCGACAAGACUUCGAAGAGGAUCUCAGACGAUCAUCAACCCAACCCUUAGAACUGAAAACCCUGACACGUAUACAAUUACGCAAGCAUUUAAUCCAGACACUAUCUAGUUCCACCGUUGAAACACACCUAAGCAAAUAUCGAGCAUCGAAAGACAAAUCGACAUUACAAAAAGUUAUUGAAGAAUUGGAAUUACCAAAAUGUUUACAAAAAUAUUUUAUAGACUUUGAUGAUUGUGUAUCUGUGAUGGCAUUAUAUAAUUAGAAGAAAAAAAAAUCCCAAAGAAAAAUAAUACUCUAACACUGGACCCCAUGUACUCUCCAUGUUUUAACAAAUAGAUGAAUAGAACUGUUAACACAUCAAAAAAAAAAAAAAAAAAAAAAAAAAGACAAA